UGUAAUUAUGAGGCAGGCAGUUUGGCUGACGUCAGACAAGAUCUUGGUAAACCAUUACCACCAGCACCUGGUAACACAGUUGAUAAAAAAGAGGAUGAAGUAGUAGAUUCCAAGCAGAGUGGCAUUAUUAAGGAAAAAAAAAAUCAAACAAUUAUUUUAAGCAGCAAAAGAAGACACAGAAGAACAGGAUGUUGUGACAACACGUUUACGAUCUGUGACCAUCAUGUACGUGAGCUCUCUCUUGGAUAAAGAGAACAGCAUGUAUCCAGGACCUGCAAGGGGUAACAACAACCUGCCAGUGCAAAACUUCGCAUCUGCUCCCCCCUACUCAGACUACAUGGGAUAUCACCAUGUGCCAGCCCUGGACAACCACGGACAGCCUGCGGGAACCUGGGGAUCCCACUAUGGCCCACAGAGGGAGGACUGGAACGCUUAUGGCCCAGGACCUUCCAGCACGGUGGCUGCUGCACAGAUCAAUGGCUCACCUCCUGGGCAGGUCUCCUACAGUUCUGCUGAUUACAGCUCCCUCCAUCCUGCUGGAUCCGGGGGGUUACCUCCUGUAGAUACAAUUAAUGCACAGCAAAUCUCUCCCAACAGCCAAAGGCACAGCUCUUAUGAAUGGCUGAGGAAAACGGUGCAAACCAACACUACUGGUAAAACAAGAACAAAAGAAAAGUACCGAGUUGUUUACACAGACCACCAGAGACUAGAAUUAGAGAAGGAAUUUCACUGCAACAGAUACAUUACAAUAAGGAGAAAGUCAGAACUUGCAGCAAACCUGGGACUAUCUGAAAGACAGGUGAAAAUCUGGUUCCAGAAUCGCAGAGCCAAAGAAAGAAAAAUGAUCAAGAAGAAAAUCUCUCAGUUUGAUGGCAGCGGGGGCUCAGUUCAGAGUGACUCUGGUUCACUCAGCCCAAAUGAAAUACCCGGUUCCCUGUUCCCACCACCACAUGGAAUAAACGGAUUACAGUCCACUGACAUUCAUCAGGUCAUAGUUUCUGAAUGAACAGUGGGGAAAUAUAAAGAAAAAGCAAAAGUAAGAGGGGAAAGUAAGAGUGGAUUUUUCCCCUCUCUUGAAAACUCAUCUUUGCAAAGGACCAUUCUUGUUUAACUACCUUCAGAGUGCUGACUUCUAUGUACAGGAUCUGGGACUAUUCUCAAAAUACUACAGAAAUCUCAGGGAACACGUGCUGCUAAGAUUCAUCGCUCAAUCUUUCAAGUAGGAGGUACUGUGCUUCACAUACUGACCCAAAGAAUGAUACCACUGAAGAUUCAAGUAAAUAUAGUUCUAGUCUCUUCAUAUAUACACACAAAAUUGUCAGUGAACUGAUUAUAGAGUACAAUUGCAGAAAAUGUAAGAUGUUGGAUGUAUUUAGUUUGUUACAUUUUAUAUAAUUAGAAUAAACUGUAGAUGUUUAUAAAUAUUCA